GUUUUUCAUGCGAAAACAGCCUCGCUGUUUGGCACUGCCAUCAAGGCCACCCGCCGAUCUGUAAGAUGCUGUUGCCUAAUCUCAACAAGGAAAGACACGCGCAUUGCAACAUGUAUUUAUCUCCUGGCCAUGAAUUGUAAUUUCGAAUUGCCCAUAUCCGAAUUUCGUUGCUUAUUACUUCACGACCAAUUAUUCCAAUUCCAGACUUUCAAUCACGCAGAAAAAUUUACCACAAUGGCAGGACCAGUCCUAAACCUCGGCAUUUUCAAGAAAUCAAAAAAUCACACGCUACGCGCGAUUUCUCUCGCUAUCUUUCCGCCUGGCUUCAUUCUCCUCUUCAUUCAAGGUAUCGGCUCGGGAGAUGUUAAUCCCGCCAUUGGCAUCAUCCCAUUCUUCUUCUCGGCGGCUUAUUCAGCGCUCCUUCUUGCAAAUGAAAAGAAGUGUGGAUGCCAGGCUAGUGGGCUUACAGGUACUCCCGUACAUCUAGUUUUCGACGUACUACUAGCGGCUGCACUUAUCGUAUGCCUAAUCUUGGACUGGGUAAAUAUGACUAUACGUUCUGAUUGCGAUGACAGCAUGAUCAUGUUGGGCACUUACGGCACGAACUUUCUUAUUUGCAAUUUCCUCAUUCAUGUAUAUUUUGUUGUAAACCAGUUACUGGAUGCAUUACAGCCCGGACCGGCAUAUCCCAUCUCGUGCCCGCAGUGCCAAAACGGGUCCUUCUCAGUCGGAAACAUCAAAAUUGGCACAAAGUUCCAAGAAUAUGCACCCUUGUUGGACCGAGCGGGUGAGCCAAGAAACAGCGUGGAAGAGCCGACUGCGGAUGAUGGCGGCUCUAUGGUCUAAAAGUACAGUGGCGAGCUGGUUUGGAGCCUGAGUGGGAGCCGAGCCCAAAAAAUCCACAUCUCCGUGGGCAACAUCAUCAUUUGGCGGCGUUUGGUUCUUUUCCACAUAUAUUCGUUUACAGAAAUUUAGAUAUCCGGAGUUACUAGACUGCAAAUUUAAUUCUAUAUUCUCGUUUGCCAA